GUAGCUUCAAUUUUCUGGUAAUAGUUCUCAGGUCCCACAUUAUUUUAAAUAUUAUCCACGGUAUACUUGAUUUUUCUAGUAAGAACUCUCACGUCUCAUAUUAUCCAAAAUAUACUUUAAUGGUCCUUAAAAUUUGUGGUAAUGUACUAUGAGGGUACAUUCCGUCUAUUUGGCUGUUAGGAUUGAAAGUUCUAUUACUAUGAUACUAAAUUUUACAUUGUUAAUCAUUAUUUUAUUAAAAUAAUGAGAUGCGUGAAGGACAGCGAUGGUAGAGUGUUAGUUGAGACUGCCAAGGUGGCUAAGCGCUGGGGGGAGUACUUUAGUGAACUCUUAAAUGCGGGAGGAGACCAGAGGCUAGUUCUUGAUGAAUUGGGACAUCAUGGGGCGUCUCGUGUGUAUUGCCGGCGCAUUUGCUUGGAAGAGGUGGUUCGGGCUCUCCGCGUGAUGCGUAGUGGGAGAGCUUUAGGACCAGAUGAGAUUCCAGUGGAGUUUUGGAAGCAUGCGGGUCGUGGCAAAGGUGACAUUCAGAGCUGCGAGAAUUACAGAGGCAUCAAACUGCUUAGCCACACCAUGAAGGUUUGGGAGCGAGUCAUUGAGUAUAGGGUGCGGAAAGGGGUUUGCAUCUCGGAGAACCAGUUUGGUUUUAUGCCUGGCAGAUCGACUACAGAGGCCAUUCAUCUCUUGAGGAGGUUAAUGGAAGAGUAUAGGGCUAGGAAGAAGGACCUUCAUAUGGUGUUUAUUGAUCUUGAGAAGGCGUCUGAUAGGGUGCCAAGGGAGGUCUUAUGGAGGUGCCUUGAGGCGAGAGGAGUUCCCAUCGUGUACACUCACGCGAUCAAGGAUAUGUACGAUGGGGGGUCUGCCCUUAGCCCUUUUUUGUUCGCCUUGGUGAUGGACGUCCUAACUCAAGGUGUUCAAGACGACGUCCCAUGGUGCAUGCUUUUCGCGGACGAUAUUGUGCUUAUCGAUGACACGCGUGAGGGACUAAACGAUAAGUUGGAAUUAUGGCGCCUUGCACUUGAGACUAAAGGAUUCAGAAUAAGUAGGAACAAGACUGAAUACAUGGAAUGUCGUUUCAGCGGCCGGGAUACAGAACCAGAGGUGGAUGUCCGGAUUGACUCUCACCUAGUACCUAAGGUAGACAGGUUUCGAUAUCUUGGUUCGGUAAUUCAGGCGGAUGGGGAGUUAGAUGCGGAUGUUGGACAUCGGGUUGGAUUGGCUUGGGCGCCAAAUGGCGAGUGUUGGGCGGUUAAGAAGACUCAUGUGCGUCGUCUGCAUGCGGCGGAGAUGCGGAUGUUACGAUGGAUGUGUGGGAAGACAAGGUUGGAUAGGAUUUCGAAUGAAGUUAUCCGACGUCAGGUAGGUAUGGCACCGGUGGAAGACAAGUUGCGGGAAGCGAGGUUGAGAUGGUUUGGCCAUGUGAGACGGCGGGAUGCUGACGCCCCUGUACGGAGAUGCGAAAGGAUUACGGUUAUCAGGGGAAGGGGUAGACCUAAGAAGAAUUGGGAGGAGUUGAUUAGGAAGGAUUUAGGACUUCUCGACCUGACUGAGGAUAUGACCCUAGAUAGGAACCUUUGGAGAACUAUGAUUAGAGUAGCUGGAUAGGAGCUCGGUGUUGUAGAGGUGGAAGCGGGGGUCUCUUGGAAACAGCCUCCCUACUUAGGGACAAGGUCUGCGUACACACACCCUCCCCAGACCCUACUGUUGUGGGAUUCAACUGGAUUAUUGUUGUUGUUGUUGUAUUUUAUUAAAUUUAAAUAAAAUUCCUCAAUUUUUCAUAGUAGAAAAACAUUUAAUCUAAUUUCUAAAUUAAGAACCCUUUGAGUAUAAUAUCAAAAAGUUUAAGAACUUCCGAAUAAAUUUUGGAUAAUGUA